UCUUCUUUAGGCUGCUGCCCUUCUCUGCUGCCCUCCACCUUCUGGCCGUUUCUCUGGCCCUUCCUCGCGCUCGCAGCGCCCGGGGUUGAGAGGCGAAAAGAAUCGCUUAGUCCAAAGUCACAGUUAACUUGAAAGCGCUAGAGCCCGCCCCCUCCUGGAAGGUCGCCUCCGGAGUCCGCGCCGGGUCGGGGCCUCCCUCGGAGUGCGGCUGGAGCGGAAGUCUCGGCGCGGGCCUCGCACCCAGGACCCUCCGCGCGCCCGGCGGCCGGAGCCUGAAGUGCUACGCUGGGCGCCCGGCGGCCGGGCGGCCCCGGGAAGCUAUGAGCGGCGUGCGAGGGGUUGGCUUCAGAGUCGGGAGCAGAACAGAAAGUCGGUUUGGGGGCCUAUAUGAACCCGAUAGCAAUGGCCAGAUCAAGGGGUCCAGUCCAGUCUUCAGGACCAACAAUCCAAGACUAUCUGAAUCGACCGAGGCCUACUUGGGAAGAAGUGAAAGAACAGCUAGAAAAGAAAAAGAAAGGCUCCAAGGCAUUGGCUGAGUUUGAAGAAAAAAUGAAUGAGAACUGGAAAAAAGAGCUAGAAAGACACAGGGAGAAAUUAUUGAGUGGAACUGAGAGCUCAUCCAAAAAAAGACAGAGAAAGAAAAAAGAAAAGAAGAAAUCUGGUAGGUAUUCAUCUUCUUCUUCAUCAAGCUCUGAUUCUUCCAGCAGUUCUUCGGAUUCUGAAGAUGAGGAUAAGAAACAAGGAAAACGGAGAAAGAAAAAGAAGAACCGUUCACACAGAUCUUCUGAAAGCUCCGUGUCAGAAUCUGAAUCGGACAGUAAGGAUAGUUGUAAAAAGAAAAAGAAGGCAAAGGAUGCAGCUGAGAAAGAAAAGGACAUUAAAGGACUUAGCAAAAAAAGAAAGAUGUAUCCUGAAGAUAAACCUUUGUCAUCUGAGUCUUUGUCAGAAUCAGAUUAUAUAGAGGAGGUACGAGCAAAAAAGAAGAAAAGCAGUGAAGAGAGAGAAAAAAUAACAGAAAAAACAAAAAAGAAAAAGAAGCAUAAGAAGCACAGCAAGAAGAAAAAAAAGAAGGCUGCUAGCUCAAGUCCUGACUCACCGUAACAUUAGGAAAAAUCAGGAUUCUCUUUAUAUAAAGAAAGUGCAAUGUCUAAGGAAAUUUCAACUGUGAAAAUUAAUGACAUAUUUACUAAAAUGCAUGAAUUUUCUUGUUUUUGGAAUUAUUCCUGGACUCUUCAGUAGUCACUCAUAUGGCGCUCUGUGAAAAGGCCAUACAUAAUUAUUGCCUGCUGCUUAAAACAUUUUUUUUUCCCCAGUGCUUACUAACUCUGGGAGAUAAUGAACUGCGGUCAUGCUAUUGGUUAAGAUAUUUGGGAUAAAAUUUUUUGACUAGAUUUAUGCAAUGGUCAGACAACAGAAAUUGAAUCUGAAUACAUUUUUAAGAUGUAGUCAGAAAUGCCCGGAGGAUUCUAGUUUAACUUUUAAAAGUAGGGAUAACAUUCAAAAUCCUUACUCUGUAGAUAAAUGUAUUUUAAUUUCUCCCCUUGGAUAAUUUUAUUUAGCUGGGGAAGGAGUUUUUAGGGUGGGGGUUUGCUAUCUCUUUAGCUAGCAGAAUAGUGUGCCUUUUAUCCUCACACAUCCUAGUUUUGUGGACACAGUAGCCAUGCUUGGUGGAGAUGUCAGAGCAGAACAAAGCAGUCUUACCCUUUACUGAAUUUAGUGGCAUCCUGGGACUCUGUCAUAUGCUGCCUUGAAUGAAUCAGAAAAACAUCUUUUGCAACAUGAGAAAGCCCCAAAGCUCUGGGAUUUACCUCCACUUCUGAUACUAAAUGUUUUUGUUUUGUUUUAGUUUAGAAGGCAUUGUAUUAUUUGAAGUAAUUUUGACUAUACUUUGGCUUUAGAGAGGAAUCAUUUCAGAUAGACACUGGUACUUUUUGAACUUGAUUGCUAAAAAUUCUAAAAUGCAUGUUUUAUACUGUUAACUUUUCACCAGUCAGGAAACUUUUAUGUAACCAGUAAUACUAUUUUUGGUAUGAAUUUUAUUUAGGCUGUAAUGUUUAGCUUUUGUUAACUCCUUAUUCUUGCUAUCUCAGAUUCCUUACUAUGUUUAAUGGCACACUUGCCAAGACAUUAAGCAUGUAAAAAGCGAGUUUUUGAUGUUUUUAACGGCUUCAUAUUGAAGCUGAAACUUAACAUAAGGUGGGUGGCAGACCUGGUAUGCUGUAUCUUGUUACAUAAAGCUAUUGCCAGAAUCUUAGUAAAUACAAUGUUUUAAAACUUUGUUGUCUUUGUAUAUUCAUAACAAAUUAUGACAUGUUAAAUUUAAGUGAGAAUUAUGUUACUGCUUUUCCUGUGUCAUUUUACUAAGAUUUUGUGCCUCAUACCUACUAUAAAAAAAUGUUUACUAGUAAUGUUAAAAGUUGAUAAAUCAUUUUCACUUUGCAUUUUAUAUAAUCAGGUAACACAGAAUAUAAUUUGAUGUACAAUUUUGCCUGUUAACAGAGGGUGUGCUGAUAUAGUAGUAUAUGCACAGACAUUUUGGCAUGAUGAGACUGAAUAAAUAGCUAUUUUAUUUAAAAAUAGCUGUGUUCUUAUCAGCUCCCUUUUGUGUUACAACAUAGAGAUAAAAACUACUAGAUGUUAAAUAGUAAGUAGAUGAGAUAUUUUUCCAAGUUUUUAGCUGUAAAAAAAUAACAUUUCUUAGUAAAAUUUUCUUAAAUUUUGUGUUUUAAGCUUCAUACUCUUAAUAAAAGCCUAUAUGCUCUUUUAGUACACAGCAAGUUUGAGGAAAAAAUUGUGUCCAAAAGGAAACUUCUCAAACUUGUUUAGAAAAAUGCUGAGUUUUAUCAUGUUAUUUAUUGGUCAGUUUUGCUAUGAACAUAAAGUGUACCUUUGCAGAUCCGUCCAAUAUAUAAAUAUGCCCCCAACUA